GGAGUUCCUAGAGAGCCAAGGGCGGGCGUGGAACGCCCUGCGUCCCCUUCACCUUCACCAAAAAGAGCCUUUGCUUCCCCCGCCUGCUCCAACCCCAUCCAGGUCAAUAAGGCUGGAAGCACUGGAGAAUUCUGGGAAAGAACUGUGUGGAUAAUGCUGAGUGAGGAGGAUACCACUUGCUCAGCUGCCCAGCACCAGCACUUCAGGGAAUUCUGCUACCAGGAGACCGAGGGCCCCCGAAAGGUUUGCAGCCGGAUCCACAGCCUGUGCUGCCAGUGGCUGAAGCCUGAAAAACACACAAAGAACCAGAUGAUGGACCUGGUGAUCCUGGAGCAGUUCCUGACUGUCCUGCCCCCGGAGAUGGAGAGCUGGGUCAGAGAAUGCAGAGCGGAGACCAGUUCCCAGGCAGUGGCUCUGGCAGAAGGUUUCCUCCUGAGCCAAGCCGAGGACAAGAGGCAGGAAGAUCAGCAGGUGCAGAGGACAUCAAAAGGGAACACGGGUUUCUCUGAGACGAAGAAGACUCCCUCGGACACUAGAGAGAGUGUGCUGUUCGGGGGCAUCAUGCAGGAGGGCGACAGAGGAACUCCCUUGUUGGAUAUAGAAAGAAUGACCCUGGCUCUCCCUUCCAGGCCUUCUUCUCUUUGUGGUGGGGUGGAGACAGCCUCUGUGCAACUGGACCAGGGCCCAGUGACUUUGGAGGAGGUCGCCGUUCACUUCACGAAGGAGGAGUGGGCUCUGCUGGAUCCAGGCCAAAGGGCUCUGCACAGAGGGGUCAUGGAGGAAAUCUUCGGGCAUCUGGCCUCUCUGGGUGGCGGAGGCGAGAGUGAGAGAGUGGGUGAGCCACAGAAAAGGAAAACUGAAACGAAAUAUCAGUGGAUGAAAAAAUCUCCUGCUUCUGAAUGUUCCAGCUUGUAUGAAAUUGCAGUCCAAAGAAAGAAUUUCAGAGGAAAAUCAAGCUUUACUAUGCAGAAGAAAAAAUAUUGGGGCUCAGAAGGCAGAAAGAUCUAUAGGUACAGCCCAAAACUUAGACUGCAUCAAAGAAGCCACACAGGGGGGAAAACAUACAAAUGCUUGGAGUGUGGAAAGAGCUUCAGCCGGAACUUAUCCCUUACUUUGCAUCAAGGAAUCCACACAGGGGAGAAACCAUAUCAAUGCUCAGAAUGUGGAAAGAGCUUCCUUCACAGACAUGUCCUUACUUCCCAUCAAGGAAUCCACACAGGUGAGAAACCAUAUCAAUGCAUGGUGUGUGGAAAAAGUCUCAGCAGUAGCUCAGCUCUUUCUAAGCAUAAACGAAACCACACGGGGGAAAAACCAUAUAAGUGCUCGGAAUGUGGGAAGAGCUUUGUUCAGAAAUCAUAUCUGACUUCCCAUCAAAAAAUCCACAUUGGACAGAAACCAUAUCAGUGCUCAGAAUGUGGAAAGAGUUUCCGUCACAGACAUGACCUUACUUCCCAUCAAAGAAUUCACACAGGGGAGAAACCACAUAAAUGCUUAGUGUGUGGGAAUACCUUCAGCCAGAGCUCAUAUCUUGCUUCCCAUCAGAGAAUCCACACAGGGGAGAAACCAUAUCAGUGCACAGAAUGUGGAAAGAGUUUCCGUCACAGACAGGUCCUUAGUUCCCAUCAAGGAAUCCACACAGGUGAGAAACCAUAUCAAUGCAUGGUAUGUGGAAAAAGUCUCAGCAGUAGCUCAGCUCUUUCUAAGCAUAAACGAAACCACACAGGGGAGAAACCAUAUCAAUGCUUGGAAUGUGGGAAGAGCUUUGUUCAGAAAUCACAUCUGACUUCCCAUCAAAAAAUCCACAUUGGACAGAAACCAUAUCAGUGCUCAGAAUGUGGAAAGAGUUUCCGUCACAGACAUGACCUUACUUCCCAUCAAAGAAUUCACACAGGGGAGAAACCACAUAAAUGCUUAGUGUGUGGGAAUGCCUUCAGCCGGAGCUCAUAUCUUGCUUCCCAUCAGAGAAUCCACACAGGGGAGAAACCAUAUCAAUGCUUGGAAUGUGGGAAGAGCUUUGUUCAGAAAUCACAACUGACUUCCCAUCAAAAAAUCCACAUUGGACAGAAACCAUAUCAGUGCACAGAAUGUGGAAAGAAUUUCCGUCACAGACAGGUCCUUACUUCCCAUCAAAGAAUCCACACGGGGGAAAACCACAUAAAUGCUUAGUGUGUGGAAAUACUUUCAAUUGGAGCUCAUCUCUUACUUCCCAUCAAAGAAUCCACACAGGAUAAACUAUAUCAAUGCUUGGUGUGUGGAACCAGCUUCCUUCACAAACGGGCCCUUACUUCCCAUCAAAGAAUCCACACAGUGGCGAAACUAUAUCAGUGCUUGGUGUGUGGAAAGAGUUUUACUCAGAUGUCACAUCUUACUUCCCACCAGCAAAUCCACACAGGCGAGAAACCAUAUCAGUGCUUGGUGUGUGGAAAGAGUUUUACUCAGAUGUCACAUCUUACUUCCCAUCAAAGAAUCCACACAGGGGAGAAACCAUUUCAAUGCUCAGUCUGUGGAAAUACCUUCAGUAGGAAAUCAACCCUUACUAACCACCAAAAAAUACACAAAGCGGAAAAACCAUAUCAGUGCCCAGUGUGUGGAAAGAGUUUUGCUUGCACGUCAAACCUUACUCGCCAUCAAAGGGUCCAUAUGGGGAAAUCCUUAUAAUUGUUCAGAAUGUGGGAACUGCAUUUGUUGCAGAAUUGCUCUCACUUUGCAUCAAAGAAUUCACACAAGAGAGAAGCCAUAUCAGUGUCUCCUGUGUAAAAAGAGCUUCAACCACACUGCAAAGUUUUAUGAUCAUCAGAGCAGCCACACAGGGAGGACCAGUAUCAGUGCUCAGUGUGUGGAGAAAGAAAUCUUCUGGUCCAGCUGACCCCUAAAUAAUCAUCAAGGAAUUCACACACUGUGGAGCCUACAGAACUAUUCAGAAAGUGUCAGAUCCUUUGGCAGUGGCCUAUCCAAGAUCUCUGUAGGCAGAAAAGCUGUGUUGCAAGGAGACCUUUUUGAGUGAAGUGUGGGCCUCGUGGCUGCUAUUCAGGCAUGGUCAUAGAGAGGAUAGAGGAGCUCAUGGUUUGUCUUAGUGGAUUGUUUUAAUCAAGUGAUUGCUUUAAUCAACUCGCUUAUUCCGCUGUACCCCUAAACCCUCAAAUAAAACUUACUUAAUUAUGAA